AUGUGUAUCACUAUCGCUACUACAAGCCAUCCCGAUUAUCCAUUCAUACUUCUUUCCAAUAGAGAUGAGUUCUUUAAAAGACCUACUAAGCCUGCCCAGUUUAGGCUGAUUAAUAACAACGAAAAAGUGUUGGCUCCUCUAGACCUUGCUAGGCCAGAGCAUGGGACAUGGAUUGGAGUAACAACAUCGGGAAAGAUUGCAGUAUUGGUAAACUACCGUGAUAUGGAUACUGAGAGCACCAUGAAACAAGUAUCGAGGGGUGUGCUUCCAUUGAGUUAUUUGGAGGCAACCAAAUCAGAUGAUGAGUGGAGAGAUAGUUUUUCAACAGAGGUGCAAAAUGGCAAUGCUACUCUUGACUUGAAGAACAUUGGUGGCUUUACCUUGUUGUAUGGUUCGUUAAGGAUCAGACCUGGAGGUGGUAUGGAUCAUUUGAACAUCUUAAGUAAUAAGGGACACCAUGGAAGAGUGUUUGAGGGGAGAGGAGGGCUGCAAGGGGUGGAAGAUCUUGAUCCUAUUUCAACAAAGACCACGUUUGGGAUGUCGAAUUCUCUUUACGACGAUCCUUGGAAAAAAGUUGAACUUGGCGAAAAGAUGCUCGAGGGUAUUGUUGCCGACUCGGUUAAAAAUCUCCCAACUCAAGAUCAACUAGUUGAAGAGUGCUUCCAAUUACUAAGUCACGAUACAUAUAAUAGAGCAAUUAUGAAGCAACACGAUUUUGAUGUCAAGGUGAUGGAAUUGAGAAACUCUAUAUUCAUACCACCACUUAAGCGCGAGGGUGUAGAGAGUCAUUUGGUCUCAAUUGGCGAUUAUUAUGGCACUAGGACCCAAACUAUAAUAUUGUUGGACAAAUUAGGUAACUUAAAUUACUACGAACGAAAUUUACAUUCAUCAGAUGUGCCUAAGGUCGAUAAACCAGUGAUAACAUCGAGAUAUUCGUUUAAUAUAUAUAGGAAUUAA